AUGAAAGCUUUAAUUUUAAUUUUGAGUACUUUCUCUGUAAUCUCUGAAGCCAAAUCCUUUUUACCUGCAAGAAUUAACUCUUCAAAACCAGUAUUAGCUGAAAGAUACUAAGACAGUGUCUAUAAGACCUGGAAAACUGAAGAUUUUGAUGAAAGCGAGCUCUCUAAGUAGACUCUUAAUAUGUUGUAAUAUGCUAAUGAAUCUAUCUUCUAAAGAUUCAGCGAUGUUUUAAGUUUUAAUUCUAUUUCAUCAAUAUAAACAAGAACUAUCAAAGAAACUUAAUAAAAGCAAUAUUAUUUCACUUUGAAGUAUUAAGUUAAUAAUAAUGAAAUUAAAGACUUUUAUGUUUUCUUUUAGUCUUUAGAUGACCAAAAACCUAAAGUAGCAGCUUUUAAUUUUUAGUCUGAUUAUCUUUCAAUGUCUAACAUGAGAUUCUGA